GCCGCGGGCGAGGCUGGAGCUGAGGGAGCGGCUGCCGGGCUCGGCCGCGCUCCCCCCUCGCCCUGUUCCGCUGCAGCGGUGCCGGGGAGGAGAGCGCGGCUCCCUGGGGCAAGGGCGUGCGGGGCUGAGGAGCUGCUGUAGCCUUUGCAGUCGUGCUUUGCUUACACUGAUGUCAGUGAGUGCUCGAAGUGGGUACUGCAAGCUUUUUGGAAAGUGUGUUUGCUCAAUAGAGCAUCUGCAGCAGAUGGAGCUGCCUGGUUUUGCUGUUGCUGUUUGGAUGUUUGGUUGCCUCUAUGCAUCUGUGGUUGGCUAUCCAAAUGGAAAAGUAAGAGAAGCCUGUAGUAGCAUGGUACCAUGUCAUAGUGGCUCUCCUCAGCUGUCACCUGAGCACACCAUUACCGUGAAUGGGACUGAAUUUAAACCAGGGGACAACAUAGAAGUUCAUCUGUCUGGACCAGAUUUUGAAGGAUUUUUCAUCCAAGCCCGGGAUGCAGAGCACCUGGAUAGGCCUGCAGUUGGAUCUUUUGUGUUAGCUGACCGGAGACGUUCUCAGCUGCUGACAUGUGGUCGUACCAAGAAUUCAGCUGUCAGUCACACAAGUAAAGCAAAAAAGAAAGACAUAAAAGUUUAUUGGAUUGCUCCUGAAGCUGCUCCAAAACACAUACAGUUUCUUAACAGCCAACUAAAAAUAUAUACUGUAAUUACUCUGUGUGUGUUGUGUUUUUUAAGAGCGACAGUUGUGAAGAAAUACAGGAUUUUCUGGGUGAAAAUUCCGGGUCCCGUUGUUUCUCAGCCUGAUGUGCUGUCCCCAACACCACCUUUGCAUGCAACAUCAGAGGCUGUGUCGACUUCACAGCCGGUUUCCUACAUAUCAAAGCCAUUUAGUGCAUCAGGUUGUGGAAUUACGAAGUUCUGCAUUAGGAACCCUACAAACUGUGAUCCUGGGAGUGCCUCAUGUUUUUUUCUAUCCUUCCAACAAGAGGGGAGUUCAGUUUUUAUUGAAAUGAGUGGUCCAAGUGAAGGGUAUUUAGCAUUUGCGCUUUCCCAGGACCAGUGGAUGGGUGGUGAUGAUGCCUAUCUGUGUGUUAAUGUGGAUCACCACGUUCACGUGAGCACUGCCCAUCUGAAGGAGCGGAGUCAUCCUCUCUUGGAUUCAGAGAAUGCCCUUGAAGAUGUGUCCUGGAGGCUUGCAGAUGGUCUUCUUCAAUGUUCUUUCAGAAGGGGGAUUCGUCUCCCUGCUUAUAAAGGGAGAUUUAAUCUGGAUACCAGUUACUACAUCUUUCUGGCAGAUGGGGAAGCCAGUGAAGGUGGACUCAUAUACAAACAUCGCCGUCAGCCCCUGGUCACCAAUGGACUGUGCAACGUCACAGGGCUGCCUCAGGAUAUCGGAGGUUCCCGCGCCCCGCGGCUCAUCAAGGCUCACGGAGCGCUAAUGUUUGUUGCUUGGAUUACCACAGUUAGUAUCGGUGUUAUUGUUGCACGAUUCUUCAAACCUGUCUGGUCUCACUCAUUCCUAUUUGGAAAGGAGUUGUGGUUUCAGGUGCAUCGUAUGCUUAUGUUGACCACAGUCAUGCUUACAAGCAUUUCUUUUGUGUUGCCUUUUGUAUACCGAGGAGGCUGGAGCCAACAAGCAGGUUUUCAUCCUUAUCUUGGCUGUGCUGUGAUGGCUUUGAGCAUCUUUCAACCACUUAUGGCAGGUUUCAGACCAUCUCGUCAUGCACCAAGGAGGCAGCUGUUUAACUGGUGUCACUGGAGUACUGGUACAACAGCUAGAAUAUUAGCUGUUGUGACCAUGUUCUUGGGAAUGGAUCUGCCAGCACUUGACCUGCCAGACCCAUGGGACACCUAUGCCAUGAUUGGCUUUGUAGCUUGGCAUGUUGGUACUGAUGUUCUUCUGGAAAUACACAGCUACUGUCUCGUUCGUAAAGUUGAAGUGAUAGAGGAUGACAGAGUACAGAUACUGCAGUCACUCACAUCUGCAGAAGCAGAGGGUCGUCUGUUUAAACAGAUUGUGUUAACCAUUUAUGUCUGUGGAAAUCUAGUAUUCCUUGUUGCCUUCCUGAUAGCAAUCAACCAAGUAUGAAAUAAGUAUUUGAGAAUUUUGUGACAAAAUACUGUGCAAUUGAAAAAUCUGCAACUUUUUACUGCAACUUUUUUCUCAACAUGGUCCUGAAGAUGUAAUUGAAGAAGAACAGCAUGUGUAUGUCAUGCUCAGUGUUAGGGAGAUCUGGAAUUCAAAUCUAGAGAGAAAUCCUGCAGUCCUACAAAAGCUGUCUUCUGAUGGGACUUUUAAUGGGAACCUUUGCCUGAGUAAGGAAUGAAAUCUCUAUUUUUUUAAACACACUAGUUAACUUGAUUGAAGCUUGUAGGGGAAAAGAAGACUGAGAAGAUGUGCCAAAAAUGGGUUAUUUGGGUUGUCAUUUCCCCAAAACUUUUUGUGAAUAUUCUUGGGGGAGCUGGUAAGAUAUGACUGGUCUGGAUUAACCUGUCCCCUUUACUGUGUUCUAAUAUGGGAUAUGGCAGCUUCUUGCUCUUGACAGUUUUGUGCAUAAAGAAACUCCCAACCAAACCUCAAAACUUAGUGAAAGAUUGUCACAAAUGCAGGUUGAUGAAUGAACUAAACAGAUAAAAGUAAAAUGCAAAAAGCACUGUCUACUCUAAGAGAACUUCAGUACUCAGUAAAACCACCAUUUGCCUUGCUCAAAAUGCUGCUCUGUCUUCUAAAUCUUAAAGAGAAAAUGUGUUUGCAAUAUAAAUGCAUUAAAACCUAUAGUGAUUUAUCUAAAACUAGAACCAGAAAGAACCUAGCUCUGUUUAUGGAUUUCUGUUUUACUGUCUUUAGUUGCUUGAGGCUUCUGAAUUACUUAACUGUGUGAAUAAGAUGGAUUUAUGGCAACUCCUGCUUUAAUGGAAGUGAAAAUACUUUGGAAUGUUGCAGUUGUAUUUGUGCUGUUGAGAAAAACAUAAAUUGGGAGCUAGGUUCAUUUCAGGAAAAGCAGCUUCUGUUAAUGUUAAGUGAGAGUCCUUUGAGCUGGCAUAGCUAGAAGACAGAACUAUAAUAAUUCUAUAGCAACUCUCUUCUGAAAGAAUAUUGGAGGGCAGUUUUUCAGUCAACAAAAGGUUUCCCCAAAUAUAUGAACUAGGUACUGAGACUAAAAAGGUUCUAUAUUGUUUCACAUUUUUGGUUCAUGGUUUGCCUAGGUAUGGAAGGAUACUCUUGAAAUGGCAUUUUGGAAAUGAAACCUUAAUAUGUUUUGCAGUUGUAUUUUGUGGCUCUGAACAAUUUGCUCCCACACAUCUUCAUUUUUAUUAUUGAAAAAUAUAGAUUUUUAUUUGUAGCAGUUCAAGAUAUGUUUUUCAUCUAGGCAUCCUAAGCUAGCUGGGAGUUAAGAUGUUGGGAAGAUUGGAUAAAAGAGUGAGUAGUGAGGCCUGACUUGGUAUAGACUUGCACAGCAACAUCUCUACAAGUGUUGAGAUGAGCCAGCUCUAAAAUACUUGUAGGUGUGGGUCAGGUGACCAAAGCUCUCUGGUUCUGUCUCUUCCUCCAUCUUCCCAAGUCCAUAGUGCAGCCUGCUGCAUGGACAGGUCAUACUCAGGAAGCUGCAUGUUUGUUUGUACUCAGUGGUCUUUUUGGCUGCUCAGAUACCUGAUUUAGCCAUAAGGGCAUUUAUGGAGCUGGGAUGAAUCCCUUUGUCAGCAGCAGCUGACUGUCAAUGAGUUCAAGUUGAAUCAUCUCCCUUAGGAAAGUCAUGUGCAGCCUGGGAAAGGGGGGACUACAAAGAAAUGAGUCACAACCCAAGCUGAAGGACAAGGACCAUGGGGCCAACUGGGUGAGUGUGAGGAUUUUUUAGAGAACCCUAAUCUCAAAAAGCCUGGGAAUUUCAGGCUUAUCUACUGCUAAAGUUUUGUGGGACUCUUUCAUCUACUGUGAAUUUAUAGAAGAAAAAUCACUCAACCUAGGCAUGAUUGUCAGCUUUUUAAGUUAAGGUUAAUGCCAGAUUUUUUCUAUAAUAGCUGUACUGAGGGUCAUUUCAUUUACAUGUGACAAUGAACAUGGGUUUUAAAACAUGAAUGUAAAUAUCUCAAUAAAAGUUCUUGUCCCUUUUAGUAAUGUGAAAAUGCUGUCAAAAGGAAACUAGAAGAGUCUUGCCUAGGAGCAAAAUGGGUUGUUGGUUUUUUGUAAAUGUUGUUUUAUAAAUUACAGCUAUGUAAAUCCUUCCUGGAGAAACUAUUAUUGAAAUUGAAUGUUAAAAUAUUUUCACUUUUUAAAGGAGUUUCUUUUCCUCAAGAAGAAAGUUUCCUUGUUCCACAUCUAAUACAACUUUUAAAUUGACAAAAUUGUCAGUUGUUCUGGAUAAACUUUU